UCUGGCCUCUAUUCUGUCCCCCAUCCAUGUCUCGAAGGGCCUUCGUCUCUGUCUAAGACGCUCUCUCUGUCUCUGACCUAUAACUUCUGGGUCUCUCGCAGCCUCCUUAACCCUCACGUUCUCUCUGCAUUUGCCAGAAUCCAACCCCCAGCCCUCAGAAUGUUCCUCCUGCUGGCAGCACUUCAGAUCUUGGCUGUAGCCAUGGCACAGAACCAAGGGAACAAGAUAAUUGGUGGCUACAGAUGCAUCCGGAACUCCCAACCAUGGCAGGCAGCCCUACUGGCAGGCCCCUGCCGUAGUUUUCUCUGUGGAGGGUCCCUGCUGUCCGACCAAUGGGUCAUCACUGCUGCCCACUGCACUCAUCCGACCCUUCGAGUAGCCCUGGGCAAGCACAACCUGAGGAUUUGGGAGGUCACACAGCAGGUGCUGCGUGUGGUCCGCCAGGUGCCACACCCCCAGUACAAUUCCCGGACCAUGGAUAACGACCUGAUGCUGCUGCAGCUGCAGCGGCGUGCUCGGCUGUGGAGGGCAGUGACGCCCAUCGCCGUGGCCAGCUCCUGUGCCAGCGCGGGGACGUCCUGCCUUGUGUCGGGCUGGGGCACGAUAUCCAGUCCCACCGCCAUGUUCCCCAACAUUCUGCAAUGUGUGAACAUCAACAUCUCCUCGGAUCAGGAGUGUCAGCGGGCCUAUUCUAGAGCCAUCACCGCUGGCAUGGUCUGUGCAGGGGUCCCCCAAGGCGGGAAGGACUCUUGUCAGGGUGACUCCGGGGGACCCCUGGUGUGCAAAGGAGAGCUCCAGGGCCUUGUGUCCUGGGGGAUGGAGAACUGUGCUCAGCCUGGUUACCCCGGCGUCUAUACCAACCUGUGCAAGUACCAAACCUGGAUCCAGGAGACCAUACAGCGCAGAUCAUAGCCGGUGUUACAGAAUAUCAGCUGCCCACAUGCUCCCCC